CCCUGGGCGAGUUGGCUACAGUACAGUGUUCAUCAUGUACGCGAAGGGGAAAGGCUCUUCGGUCCCCUCCGAUGCGCAAGCCAGGGAAAAAUUGGCGUUAUAUGUUUACGAAUACCUACUUCACGUGGGAGCCCAGAAAGCCGCACAGACCUUCCUAUCAGAAAUAAGAUGGGAAAAAAACAUAACGUUAGGGGAGCCGCCUGGGUUUUUACAUUCGUGGUGGUGCGUAUUCUGGGAUCUAUAUUGCGCGGCUCCCGAAAGGCGGGACACCUGCGAACAUUCGAGUGAGGCGAAGGCGUUUCACGAUUACGGAUUCGUUAAUUCAGGGUACGGCGUCAACGGUAUAGCACAUGUAAGUAAAUUGCAGACUUGCGAUAAUUUGUUGUUGAAUGCGGGACCAGCUCCCUCCCCGCUGGGGCAGAUGCCCCCAAGUGAUGGCAUGGGUCCUGGUGGCCCCAUGCCUCCAGGCUUCUUUCCGACUCCGGGCAUGCGACCAUCCCCAGGCCCCAAUACCCCCUCCCAGGCUUCCCCUCACCCCCCUGGGGGUCCAGGGGGCCCAGGAGGGCCCGGGGGCAGUCCUAUGCACAUGAAUCCGCAGCCAUUCAUGUCACCACGUUAUCCAGGAGGUCCCCGGCCAGGAGUUAGGAUGCCUCAGAUGCCAAGUGACUUCAACGGGCCCCCAGGACAACCGAUAAUGCCCAAUAGCAUGGACCCAACACGCCAGGGAGAUGGAGACUUUGUUGGUUGGCAAGGUCCUCCAGGGAUGAAUCCUCGUAUGGCAGGUCCUAGGGGUCCAGCUAUGGGUCCAGGUCCAGGCAUGGGACCCAUGGGUCCAGGAGCUUAUGGCCCAGGCAUGAGAGGUCCACCACCUAGCAGUAUGGGUCCCAGUGGACCGGGCGGUCCAGGAGGACCAGGACCUGGGGGACCAGGGCCGGGGAUGCCACCAAUGAGUAUGGGAGGACCCGGCCCAAGACAACCAUGGACACCAAACACAUCUACUCCUAUGAGUUACUCUUCUAACUCGCCUGGGACCUAUGGUGGAAUGAUGGGUCCUCCGGGUUCAGCAGGUCCACCUGGCCCAGGCACUCCAAUAAUGCCCAGUCCUCAAGGGUCAAGUGGAGCUUUCUCUCCCGCCCGCCUGCCUCCCACCCCACGGCCAGACACAUCUAGUAGUGGGGCUGAUGGAAUGUUUCCCAUGAUGAAACCUGUACCUGGUGGAGGCAUGCCUGGGGAUUUCCCUCUGGGUGGUGGUCCAGAUGGCCCAAUGGGAGGACCUAUGGGUCCUAAUACUAUGGGUCCGGUCAUGAAUGGGGAUGGCUUAGAUGGAAUGAAAAAUUCUCCAGCUAACGGUCCUGGAACUCCAAGGGAUGACGGAGGUGGCAUGGGUGAAUACAACUUAGGAGGAUUCGGGGGCCCUCCGGAUAGUGAUCAGAAUGAGUCGGCAGCCAUACUAAAGAUCAAGGAGAGUAUGCAAGAAGAGGCAAAGCGAUUUGAAAAGGACGUUCCACCAGAUCAUCCAGACUACUUUAUGCCGUGACGUGACCCCCUCCCAUCCCCACUUUACCCUGUGAAUUAGCUCUCUCAGAUCCUUUCAGAAACUGUGACAAAGCACACAAGUCUGGGGUUGAUCUCCUUUCCUCCCUAGCUGUCAAGUGCUUGUCAAAGUUAGGUAAUGAGGGCAUUGUGCAAGUGCAGAAUGUGGUGAGAGUCCCUGCACUAUGACAGUUUGCCACAUUAUUAUUAUUAUAUAGUGAUGUGAUUAUGUGCGGUGGAGUGACAAUGGGACAACGGGUCCUCACUGACGUAUGAGGAACUGGUUUCUCAGACCUCAAUGCAAUUCUCAUCAAGUGAAUCAAAAUCCAGAACUCCUGUGUUGGAGAGCUCUAUCCUAUUGUGAAGUUUGAAAUAAUUUGAUUAGAAUCACUAGUGAUAUACCUAUUUAACAAAGUCUGGAAAGACAAGAGGAUGAUGAUGAUGAUGAUAAGCACAUGGAGAAAUGUUUUGAUGUUUGAAUUCUUGCAUAAACAAUAUUAAGAAAAGAAAUGAUGGCUCUGAUUUAUGCUGUUUGAUGAUAAGUCUGUUGUGUCAUUCAUUGUGCUUUCUAUGUGAAUCUUGUAGGAAACAAAAUUGCUCUUGAAUAUUAUUAUUAUUUCAUAUGUUUUAAAUAUUUCGCUCAUCAAAGAUUCAAGAUCCAUAAGCAGAGCAAAAGUGUCAGGAGAUGGAGGCAGCUAAGGGUAGGAUGGAGAUGUAGAUAUUUUCAUAGACCAUCCAUCAUUGCUCAUGAUAUGGUGUCCGGAUGCCUCAACCAGCCAACCAGUGCUGCCCAUUCUCCUGGCUGGAACCUUGUAGAAGUGCCCAAUGCGUUUCAACUUUUCAAGAAACCACACAGUCCCAGGCAACAGCAGCAGCAGCAGCCCCUCUCAUUAUCACAAGCAUCACCUUGGGAUGUGUUCUUGGGAUGGCCCCUUGACACCCUCAAAAUUCCAAGGAUGAUGGCCUAGAGCCAGCCAUAGGAAGCUACUCUCUCGGGGCUGACACUCAUGUACAAAUUCCUCUAGCCUGGGACCUUUGGGACCUUGGCAUGUGAUUUGCCCUCCACAUGUGCAAAAGACAGCAGUGGCUGUUUUAGUAUUACUCAGACUUUGUUGUGGCCUCAGGCCUAACUCAUGUAAUAAUAUCAGAUGGGAAGUCUUUUAUUCAGACUCUACUUUGUGUUAGCAUACCUACUGGACCGGAAGUGAUGAAGAAGACCUGUCUCUAUUCUGUACAGAUCUAUCCAAGUGUUGUAGUUGUAGGAAUAAUUUAUUAUUUGUCAUGUCCAAAUCUAUCUCUUUAUCUUUCUUCUAGACUCCCUAUGUUAUACCGUUUUAACCACAUGACCACCACCCCCCACCCCCCCGUGACCCAACACAACUAUUACCUAUUUCACCACCACACCACAAUCACCACCACACCAUAACCCACCACCACCACCACCACCACCCUGGGCCUUGCAGUGCUAUUCAUUUCACUGCUGGCCUUUCAACCAACGCCAAAUGUAAAUCACUUGAAAAGUAUCGCCCGGGAUGCACUAGCACCACCAGACUCGACCAUCACACCUGGGAGGUGUUCACUUCCUGCAGCAGCACAUAUUCUUGUAUUUAAAAUCAUCUCUGUUCUAUGACUGCAUCAUCAACUCUAAACAAGUGGAAAAAUUUUGACUUUUUAAUUUAUUGAACUUGUAGCCUUGAAUUUGACCUCAUCACACAACAUGUUGCCACUUAACACCUCAUAAUGACCCUGGGCUAACCACCUCAAUAGCAAACUUCAUCUUAGCCUGGGCUCAAUCACAUAUUCAUUAAAUUCAAGUUAUCCCUUCAUCAUGAAUCCAGUGACUUGUGACCCAGAAGGACUGGGUGUCAGACCCUGGGUGUAUGUCGCUCUGGUGGUGCGACAGCUCAGCCCGGUUUGUCUGUUUUGACCAAGAUCCCCUGUACAGUAGAACAUAGCAGAUAUAUUAUGUGUAGCAAUUUUCAAUAAAAUGGCUAAGGCAAUAAGA